CACACUCUCCUCUUCGAUUUCUUCUCCGUUAUCAGAUGCUAGAGAUUUACCGGAGAGCCAUUACGUUUCCCCUGAGAAAUCUCCGUUCAAAAUCGAGAAUCCCAAGUCAACGAUCGUACGAUGGUAACAAGUUCACGCAUUUUUUGCCUCUUUAUUCUCCGAUCUCGCCGCCUCCUCCUCAGUUUCCGCCGCCGCGACAUCAGAGGACUGCGCGAAUUCCGAUGAAUUCGUCUUCGGAUAAAGUCUCCGUCGUCCUUUGUAGUGCACAAUGUGGUCUUUGACAUAUGGAUCAAGGGAGAUAGUUGUCUUAUAACUGCUUCUGGUGAUCAAACUAUGGAUGUUUUGCGUUGUUGGAUUUAAUAUGUAAAAGUAGCUCUCACAAAGAGGAAUUUUGUAUCAACUCUACUGGGAUGGUUAAAGGAUCUCAUCAAUCUCCUCUUUCAAAACGAAUCAGACGUCGCAAGCUGCUUCAUCAAGCAUUACCUUUGUGCUUUAUUUGAAGGAUGAGAUCACAAUUGCCACUGCUGGAGCACCAGAUAAGCCUUUGUGCUUUACUCUGACAUUGCUUUGAUCUAUAGGAUAAAAUGAACAAGUUUUGAUUUC